GCAGUCAAGAUGUCACCCCCUCAUCUAUUAACGCUGGCCGAUCUCAGCGUAAAGCAACUAAAGUCUACACUAACGCACGCAGCUUAUCUCAAACGAGUCUCUCUACCGUUACUCCAGCCUCGUCCUCACCCAGCCUUCGUCGUCCAACCACCAAAGUCCCUCUCAGAGAAGACGAUCGCCCUCCUCUUUUCCAAGCGCUCAACUCGCACUCGCCUCUCAGCAGAAUCAGCCGCACAUCUCCUAGGCGGUCAUCCGAUGUUCCUCUCAUCCGCCGACAUCCAGCUAGGAGUGAACGAGUCCCUCCGCGAUUCCGCUCGUGUUAUCGGCGGACUGGUAGACGGCAUAUUCGCUCGCGUAGGCGAUCAUACGGAGGUCGAGAUGCUUGCUAAGCACUCCCCUGUUCCUGUACUCAACGCCCUCAGCUCCCUCUGGCACCCAACCCAGAUCCUCGCCGACCUCUUGACGCUACUCGAGCACCUCCCCAGCCCCUCUCCUCUACCAACAGCGCCGCACGCCAGUACUUCACCCGGACACUCCGUGCCGCCCGAUAUGCUGCCCGCAGACGCACCCCCGAACCUCGACUUCGGAGUCCUGCACGGGCUGACCCUCGCCUGGCUUGGAGACUCCACAAACGUACUGCACGACAUGCUCGUCACUUACCCCCGGCUGGGUGCUAAAGUGCGCGUAGCGGUUCCAAAGUCGUACCCCUGCCCACCCGAGGUGUGGGAACGGGUUAAGCAGCUCGGGUGCGAGAAGGGGAUAGAGUGGAGUGAUGAUCCUCUGCAUGCGGUCAAGGGCGCUGAUAUCGUCGUUACGGAUACUUGGAUCUCCAUGGGCCAGGAAUCAGAGAAAUCCGCCCGGCUAGCAGCAUUCCAAGGCUACCAAGUGACGGAAUCCCUCUGCCGCGCAGGGGGCGCAGCAGAAGACUGGAAAUUCCUGCACUGUCUCCCCCGGAAGCCGGACGAGGUAGACGACGAGGUAUUCUACGGGAAGCGGAGCUUGGUCUGGGAAGAGGCGGAGAAUAGGAAAUGGACAAUUAUGGCCCUUUUUGAGUCUAUGUUCGGGCAUUGGAAGCUUACGCCUGAGGAUUAGGGCAUUAUAUACAGUGAGAUCUAUUACUCUAACCACGAUAAUAAAAGCCGCUUUGGGGCGUCACCACACCGCCUGCUGCCUCUAAGUCUAAUACCCCUCCCAGCCCACCCAGGCGAGGGCGAUCCCCACAACAGCAGCACUCACAAAAUUAACACCAACAUUGCUCAGCACCGCCCAUCCUCCAAGCACUUUCUCGUCCUCUCCCCUCGCCUUCCUUCGCCCAAAAUCAGUGACAACUUUCUUCUCCCGCACGUUGUACACCGUUUCCUGCAGCGUCGCCCCCAGGAGACUGUCCAACACACUUCCCCCAACACCCGCGACCGUGCCCCAAAGCACCACCUUUCCCAGCCCAGCCCAGUCCUCCCUCGCAGCAUGGGAUUCGAUCCAAACCCCCGUAGCGUAGAUCACUCCCAUCAUUAGUCCUCCAGCUACGGAAGCUAGCGUGCCGGAGAGAGAGACCCCGCCGUUCGUCCCUGGCGGGACGGGGCGGAGGGUGGUGAGCAUGAGCGGUGGGGAGGGGGAGAGGAUACCGAGUUCCGAAGCGAGCGUAUCUGAGAGGCAGGUGGAGAAAUGCCCCAGGGACAGGUAGAUCAGUGCUCUGCUUAACCGAUCACUCAGAGGGUUCCAGCGAACAAGGUCGAACGCCCUCUGCCUAAGGCCAAACUGGGCCACCAGGUCUCCCAGUAAGGUGAACGGCCACCGAUUUCCCGCAUAAAGCGCGCCCCACGCUACCGCAGCCACCACCCCCAGGCCAGCGGCGACGGCGACCUGUCCUGCACCUCUCCUGCCUUCUCCCACACCUGUGCCAACCUCAAGCAGCAGCUUGCGCUCUUUGCCAAUCUUGGUCGCUCUCGACCCUAGGAGGUAGAAGAGGAGGAGCGAAGUGCCAAAAGUGCGCAGAGGGCUGGAGAGGGAAAGCGUCCCUAUUAGGAAGGCGGUCGCUGCUCCUGCCUGGGAGAGGGACUUGCGUCUGAGGCCUUGGAAUGAGAGCCCGAGCCCGAGGAGGGGAGGGACGAGGUAGCUCAGCGUGGACAUGGUCG